CCUGGAGGGACCGAGUGUCCCGGCCCCAUGGUGUGCUGGGGCAUGUGGGCCUCUGGGCGGAUGGGGCGCCUGCUGCUGGCCCUUCUUCUGGCUUUGGCCUCCAUGCCCAGGGCCCAGGCUGUGUGGCUGGGCAGGCUGGACCCCAAGCAGCUUCUCGGGCCCUGGUAUGUCCUUGCUGUGGCCUCCCGUGAAAGGGGCUUUGCUGUGGAGAAGGACGUGAGGGACAUUGAAGGGGUCGUGGUGACGCUCACUCCAGGAAACAGCCUGAAGGUGCUGUCCUCCCGGCGCGGGCUGGAGGGGUGCAACCAGAAUGUUGUGGAGUUGCUGAAACGAGACUCCGGAUGGGUGUUUGAGAACCCCGCCCUGGGCGUGCUGGAGUACCGCGUGCUGGGCACUAACUUCAGAGACUACGCCAUCAUCUUCACCCAGCUCGAGUUUGGGGACGAGGCCUUCAAUACCGUGGAGCUAUACAGUCGCAGCGAGACAGCCAGCCAGGAGGCCUUGGGGCUCUUCUCCAAGUGGAGCGAGGGCCUGGGCUUCCUGUCUCAGCAGCAGGCCCAGCUGCGCAAGGACCUCACCUGUGCGCGCAGGAUCCUGCAGUGAAGGCUGCGGGUCUUGGGGACAGUGCCCACCAGGUCCCCGUGGAGGCCGGUCGGGGGCCACCCCGGCUCCGGAUCAGAAUAAAGUGAUUCUGCAACCAAA